CUUUGGUUGUCAAAGCUCACAUGAUUCUCACCUGAAUCAUUCAAAUGUAGAAAAGGGGAGAGAAAAGCUAUGCCCCAAAAAGGAUGAUAUUGAUAUCAAUAUUCAUCAUCAUCAAUUAAGAAGAAUCAAGAACUUCCUAGAGAACUUGCACCCCUUUUCUCUGUUUCUUCUGCCAGAAUCCCUUCUUUUCCAAUAACUUUCACAUUUUUUCCAAAAGGAGAAACAUUUUUCUUUCUGCUUCUGCUACUAAUUACAUAUUCGGAGCCUCCAACAUGGAUAUUUCCCACAGAAAAAGAACUUUGCUUAAGGUUAUCGUCCUUGGUGAUAGUGGGGUGGGGAAGACAUCUUUGAUGAACCAAUACGUUUAUAAAAAGUUCAGCCAACAGUACAAAGCCACCAUUGGAGCUGAUUUUGUGACAAAGGAGCUACAAGUUGAUGACAAACUGGUGACCUUGCAAAUUUGGGAUACAGCAGGACAGGAAAGGUUCCACAGUCUUGGGGCUGCAUUUUACAGAGGAGCAGAUUGCUGUGUUCUUGUUUAUGAUGUAAAUAUACACAAGACAUUUGAUACACUCAACAAUUGGCAUGAUGAUUUUCUUAAGCAGGCAGAUACAAAUGAUCCUGAUGCAUUUCCCUUUGUAUUACUUGGGAACAAAGUUGAUGUAGAAGGUGGAAACAGUAGAAGGGUCACAGAGAAGAAAGCUAGGGAAUGGUGUGCUUCCAGGGGAAACAUACCAUACUUUGAGACCUCUGCAAAAGAGGGUUACAAUGUUGAGGAGGCAUUUUUAUGUGUUGCAAAAAUUGCACAGCAAAAUGAUCAUGACCUAGACAUUUAUUUUCGAGGAAUAUCUGAAACAGUUUCAGAAGCAGAACAACAACGAAGUGGUUGUGCAUGUUAAAGUUGCAGCUCUAGGAUAAAUGUAUUUUUAUUAACAUAAUAAUGUUCUUUUGGUACAAUUUCUUGAUGAAUGUAUUCUAAGUGUGUACAUGGAAAACCCUCUGAUUUCUUUUAACGAAAUUGUAAUUUUCAUGCUUGAACCAGAUCUUUCAUAUGA